CACCGCCUUCUUUUCUCCUUCAGCCCAUGAUCCCAUCUGUUGCCCACAACCUUUAAAGAGGCACUGAUCGCUGUUUCUGACAUUAUCCCCUCCACACCAUUUCAAGACAGGCAUCAUCUCCAUCCAUCUUGUUAGCUAGAUAUAGUUAGGAAUAAUAAAAAGACCACUAUACAAACUCGAUUGUCACCAUGAUCAAGACAUGUUUACCCAGUUUAGUUGUCGUCAUCGUCGGUUUGCUCAGUGUAGCACGAGCGGUGGACGUGACUGGUGCUUACUCAUACUACCCGGUCAACGCAACAGUACUCCACGUAGAUGCCAAUGAAGGUUCCUUCAACUGUCCGUCGUCUUGCACCUCAUACAUCAAGGCGACUGGUUGCACAGGCAUGUCAAAGAAACAGACCGAUGAAAUUUGCUCCCGCUCGUUCGGCGCCACGAGCGCUGCGGCUAAAAUUUGUACCAAUAUCGUGAAGGACAAGAUUCAGCAGUUCAGCUGCACGGGUGUUGAUCCCACAUCGAAAUUCUCUUGUUCAGGUUGCACCAAGAUCGGCUCUUAG